AUGUCAUUCGAUCAACUCUCGUCCCUCGAAGCGGGGCGUCGCCGAGGAGGAGCUCCCGGGGGGCCCGGCGGUCCCGGGGCAGGAGGCUACAGCGACGACCCCGAGUUCCAGCGGCUAUUCCAGGAGCUGAGCAACAAGCUGUUCAAGCUCAACGGGAACAACCAGCGACUAAGCGGAGAGGUCGGCCACUUGGGCACACGGCGGGACACGCCGCGGGUGCGGGAGCGGGUGCACGAGCUGAUUGAGGAGUCGCGCAACACAUUUAAGGAUGUUGGCGAGGGGGUCAAGAAGAUUCAGGCGUGGGAGGAUGCUACGCCCCAACAAAAAUACAACCAGCAAAAACUCUCCCGUGACUUCCAAGCCUCGCUCUCCGAAUUCCAGUCCCUCCAGCGACAAGCACUCGAAAAACAAAAAGCCUCCAUCUCCGCCGCCCGCGCCGCCGUAGACGACGAUUCCGCCGGUGCCGGCCUCGACAGCGGCUCCCAGUACCAACAGCAGCAGCAACUCCAACACGGACAACCACAGCAACUCCAACAACAAGAACUCACCCGCCUCGCCCCGCAAGACGAAGUCGACUUCCAAGAAGCGCUCAUCAUCGAGCGCGAGGAAGAGAUCCGCAACAUUGAGCAGGGUGUGGGCGACCUCAACGUGCUGUUCCAGCAGGUUGCGCAGAUUGUGACGGAGCAGGGCGAGGUGCUGGACACGAUUGAGCGGAAUGUUGAGGUGGUGCGUGAUGAUACGCAGGGCGCUGAUCGUGAGUUGCGGAGCGCCGCGCGGUACCAGAAGAAUGCGCGGAGCAAAGCUUGCUGUUUGUUGGUGAUCUUGGUGGUGAUCUUGACGAUUAUUCUAUUGGCGGUGUUUUUGGGGUAG